UCUGUUUCUAGCUUACCGAAAAACAUUGCUGAAUAGUCCUAUUAUUACGCAGAGCACAUAAAUCAAAGCAUGACGCAAGUAAACUAUAAAGUUUUUAAACUUUUAGACUGAGUUUGAAACAUUCACCUAUUUUUGAUUACCAUUGCUAAUUUGAAUUUUUGUUUCCAAAAAGAAAAGUUAUUCAAUAAAAAAAAAAUUAUUCUCAUGAUCCAAAUUUAGCACUAGACAUAGCUAGACUUUCGCAUAGUUAUAGGAUAUUUGCCAAUAUAUAGAUAGAUCUAUCAACAUGAACAUCUACGAGCAACAAGGACAAGAUAUUACAGCUUUAGACAUGAUCGCAUCAGAAGAGGACAGCGAAAUAAAGAAAUUUUAUAAGGACUCGUGCAUCUUCAUUACUGGAGCUACAGGUUAUUUAGGAAAACUUGUACUUGAGAAAUUAUUGAGAACAUGUCCGGAUUUGAAAAAAGUUUUCAUACUGAUCCGAACGAAAAAAGGAAAAAAUAUUGAAGAAAGAUUAGAAGCUAUUUUUGAUGAACCGCCGUUCGACGUUCUAAAAAGAAACGACCCUAACUUUAGAAAUAAAGUUCACGUAGUAGAAGGAGACGUUGGUUUGCCAGAUUUAGGAUUAAAUGAGUCUGACAGAGAAAAGUUGAUCCAAGAAGUUGAUUCUAUAAUACAUUUUGCUGCUACAGUGAGGUUUGAUGAAAAACUAAGACUUGCUGCUCAUAUCAACGUUAGAGGCGUUAGGGAUUUUAUUAAACUUGCAAGAAAUAUGAAGAAACUAAAGGUAUUUCUUUAUGUAUCGACGGCCUUCUCAAAUUGUUUAUUGUCGAGGCAAACCGUAGAUGAAGUAUUUUACGAACCUCCUAUGACCGCUGACAAAUUAUUGAGUUUAGUAGACUCUUUGGAUGACGAUCAGUUGGGAAAAAUAACCGACAUGGUUAUCAAAGAUUUUCCAAAUACAUACACUUUUACAAAAUGUAUCGCCGAAGACGUUUUAAGAAAGGAGGGCAAAAAUUUGCCAAUUGCUAUCCAUAGACCCUCGAUUGUUAUUCCCACUGUAAAAGAACCAAUAUCAGGUUGGAUCGAUAAUUUUUAUGGUACCACUGGACUGUUCAUGGCCGUAGGAAUUGGACUUGUAAGAACGAUCCGUGGAAAAAAGGAUAAUAAAGCCGAAAUGAUCCCUGCUGACUAUGUUGUUAAUAGUUGUUUAGCUACCAUGUGGGAUGUAGCAACAAUAAGAUCUGUGAAUGACAACAAAGAAGAUCAGACUGAAGGAAGCCUCAAAAUUGAACAAGAUGUUCCGAUAUAUAAUUGUGUUAGUUCUGCUCAGAAUCCAUUGACAUGGGCCGGUUAUCAAUCUAUCACUGAAAAACAUGGUAAACGAAUUCCUUCCGAAAAAUGCUUGUGGUAUUACUCAUUCAAAUUAAGAGCAAAUUACUAUGAUAACCUCUUGGCAUGUUUCUUUUUACAUACCAUCCCAGCCUAUAUUGUAGAUUUUACAUUGACUUGUUUGGGAAAGAAACCAAUGCUUGUGAAAGGGUAUCAGAAAAUAAACAAAUUUACUAAGGUAAUAGAAUAUUUCACAAUGAAUAGUUGGAAUUUUGGAAAUAAUAACACGCAAACGUUGUGGAAAAGAAUGAAGAAAUAUGAUCAGGAGCUUUUCGACUUCGAUAUUGAAAAAUUAAAUUGGGAUUCGUAUAUCUACACUUAUUGCAGAGGCUGUAGAGUUUAUCUAUUGAAAGAUCCCUUGAGCACCAUUCCGCAAGGAAAAAAGAAAUAUCGCAAGCUAUUCGUCCUCCAUUAUUUCAUACUUGUUGUAUUUUGGUUGUUAGUAUUUAGACUGCUCUUAGCCUUGUUCACGUUUUCAGUAUCUUUAUUUGUGUAAGCUAUUUAACAUUGAAUAUUUAACAGGCAUUUAAUAUAUACUAUAUUAUUUAUA